AUGAAAAUAGCCAAAGCUAAAUUUAGAGAUCAAGAAGUCAACUGCUGUCUCGAACCGAGAUUUUGGGGCCAAUUAUGUGUAGCAAUAAAAUUCUCAAGCAAAGAUAGUAGAUUUUUCAGGAAGAUGACUACACAUCCGAUUGGAUGGCCACUUACUUUCACUUCAAGUGUAGAAUGUAGUCGAUUUAGCAAACGAUAUACUAAUACAUCUAUCACAAUUCCAACCCAGGACAACUCUUCGUAUCAAAUUCUUACCGGAAGGAAAGGAAAAUCCAUAGUAGUACCUGUGUAUAAUAAUAAUCAGUUGGGUUCUUCUGAUUUGUAA